ACCUAUUGGUAUUAUCCGUUAACCGGAUGUUCGUCUUCGUUUUGUCCCUCCAUUUCCUGGUGAAGGCUAAAGGCAUUGCGUGUUUGUUGUUUAGCUAUUGUUCAGACGAAAUAAACUGUCAUCAUGGCUAUGCAAGCUGCGAAACGCGCUAAUAUUCGGUUACCUCCAGAGGUGAACAGAAUCCUAUACAUAAGAAAUCUGCCUUACAAGAUCACGGCUGAGGAAAUGUACGACAUUUUUGGCAAAUAUGGACCCAUACGUCAAAUACGAACGGGUAACACACCUGAAAGCAGAGGAACGGCGUAUGUUGUUUAUGAAGACAUAUUUGAUGCCAAGAACGCUUGCGAUCACCUGUCAGGCUUCAACGUCUGCAAUCGUUACCUGGUUGUUCUUUACUACAACGCCAACAGAGCUUUCCAGAAAAUGGACACAAAGAAGAAGGAAGAGCAGUUGAAGCUCCUAAAAGAGAAAUACGGCAUCAACACAGACCCUCCCAAAUGAUCUCCACGACUAUCAAAACCUUCUCACACACCUUAGAUUUCUCUGUACCUGUACAAAUGUUCCCUUUUUUGAAAAUUUUUGCUUGGUCAGGUUUUUGUUUUGGUGCUUUUGUCAACCUUUUAUGCAUGACCUGCCGUCUGCUUUUUUUAAAAAUGACUUCUCUGAUGUUAAUUGAGCUUUUAAUUUGAAGUGAAACCAGGCAUGUUUUCAGUUCAGUUCUUUCCCCCCCCCCCACAUAAUUUUAUUUGAAAGUUAACAGGUCUCUGCCUUGUGCUCCAA